CUUUUCUGUGCAUCACGGUUGAUGACAUUAACCUCCUUGCCAUGGGGAUAGUUGUGGGGGUGAUAAUUGCUGCCAUUUAUUUACUGACACUUGCGAUGUGCCAGGCACUAAGAGUCGUGCUCCAAUGAUUUCACGUCAUCUUCAAAACCACCUCAUGAGCGUGGACCCAGGCAGCAGCCAGGCCAUGGAGCGCUCUGAUGUCACCCUCAUUGAGGGUGUGGGUAAUGAGGUGAUGGUGGUGGCAGGUGUGGUGGUGCUGAUUCUAGCCCUGGUCCUAGCUUGGCUCUCUACCUAUGUAGCAGACAGCGGUAGCAACCAGCUUCUGGGCACUAUCGUGUCUGCAGGCGACACAUCUGUCCUCCAUCUGGGGCAUGUGGACCACCUGGUGGCAGGCCAAAGCACCCCAGAGCCAGCUGAGCUCCCCCAUCCAUCAGAGGGUAGUGAGGAGAAGGCUGAAGAGGCUGGCGAAGGUGGGGGCGACUCGGCAGGGGAAGCUGGAGCCCGGGGUGGUGUUGAGCCCAGCCUCGAGCAUCUGCUUGACAUCCAAGUCCUGCCCAAGAGACCAGCGGGCACAGAGAGCAGCAGUCCCAAAGCCCCCCCAAGAUCCGAGGACGGCAGCUGCCUUCCUGCCAGCCCUGGCCUCAUUAACUUGCGGCUCAAAUUCCUCAACGACACCGAGGAGCUGGCUGUGGCCAGGCCGGAGGACACUGUGGGUGCCCUGAAGAGCAAAUAUUUCCCUGGACAGGAGAGCCAGAUUAAACUGAUCUACCAGGGUCGCUUGCUGCAGGACCCGGCCCGCACACUGUGCUCUCUGAACAUCACUGACAACUGUGUGAUUCACUGCCACCGCUCGCCCCCAGGGGCAACUGUUCCUGGGCCCUCGGCCUCCCUGGCCCCUUCGGCCACUGAGCCGCCCAGCCUCGGCGUCAGUGUGGGCAGCCUCAUGGUGCCCGUGUUUGUGGUGCUGUUGGGCGUGGUCUGGUACUUCCGAAUCAAUUACCGGCAGUUCUUCACAGCGCCUGCCACCGUCUCCCUGGUGGGGGUCACAGUCUUUUUCAGCUUCCUAGUAUUUGGGAUGUAUGGGCGAUAAGGAAAACAAGAGGCGUGAUCUUCCUCCUCCGCAGCCUGCUCUUUGCCUGGCCAGAGCUGGGCCAAGGGCCUGGGAGGGAGGGCUGGAAAGGAUGUGCGUAUCCCCUCCGCAGGACACGGGAGGCAGGUGUGGGGCCUCCCCUUCUCGUCCCGGGAGUACAGACUUCCCCUCUGCGCAAGCACAACUCAGGUAGAAAUGAAGAGGGCAUCUUCCUUCACGUGGGGGUCCCGGAGGAGUUCAGGGCUGCUGGCCAGCUCUGUGGGAGCCUGGGCUCUGAAGAUCCCUCUGGCCUGCGACCCUGGCUCUCCCAGCGCCCUGCAUGUCAUCCCCAGCACCCAGGGCGGCCCAGCAUGGCCCACGCAUACUUCUGCAGGGAGCUGGGUGUCCUUGCAUUCCUCCCUUGGCCAGGCAGCAGUCCUUCGAGCCUGAGUUCACGUGUGGGAAUGAAGGUUGUCCCGCUGCCCUCUGGGUACCCAGUCCCCUCCACCUGCCCCCUCUGCCUUGUAGCAGCGAUAGGGUGUUCGCCAUGUUCUAGAUUGCUUCCAGUGUUCUCCCUUCUUUCAAAGCACUUUGCUUGCAGUUUUUUUUAGUCCUUUGUAGAGCUCAGUCAGGAAGGGGGUGGGGCACACAGCCAAGCCCCCGGCAUCGGGAGCAGCCAGGCCACAGCUGCUGCCGC